UGUUUGAUCCUGAUUUCUCUUAUCCUCCCCUUCUUCCAGCGUCCCCCUCUUAUCUCCUGAUAAGACAUAUUGUGUGGAAUCACUCUACACAUGCUCAGUUUGGUGUGUAUUGCUAGAGAGCUUGCAUGUGAUCAGCACAGGGCCAAUCAGCUCUGUCCAGACAGUGGUCUGGGGUCCUGCAUCCUCCUAGAGCAGAAAGAAAACCUUUCUUACAAGCUUUAAUCAGUGCUCUGCUGGACACUGAUAGAAGUCACAAGACUGUUCUAACUGCUGAUGGGAAAAGGUAUUUAGCAGUUUAUAUUUACUAA